AUGGAUAAUUCCACUCUACCAGUAAAUUUGUCUGCUCUGAACGAAUCGUUAAAAUACGACUACGAUCACCGAUAUUUGACAAGCCCGGAUUUUUUUCUACCGGAACCUUUGUCUUAUGAAUUGAAGACAUUCCUCAUCGUCAUCUACAGUGUUAUUAUGACUGGUGCUGUCAUAGGUAAUCUCCUUGUCAUUAUCGUCAUCCUCGGAAACAAGCAGAUGAGGACGGUUACCAAUGUAUUUCUGGUAUCGUUAACUAUCAGCGACACGUUGAUCGCCGGGUGGAAUAUGCCCAUACAGCUUGGUUACUACGUCCAUAACGAGUGGACACUGGGCGAGGUCAUGUGCAAGAUGUCCACCUAUCUUCAGACGGUCAACGUUCAAGCUAGUAUCUUUACGCUGACCGCUGUAGCCAUAGAACGAUAUUACGCGAUAAGCUACCCUUUGAGGUCACGUCACGUGCGCACAGCCACCCGGGCCGGAGUCUUGUUGGUCGUUAUCUGGAUUAUCACACUUCUCUUGUCUAUGCCAAGCUGGUGGAUACAGAGGACUGAACUGAGACUUGUUCUGCAGCUAGACAAAAUCCCUCAGAUUCGGAACGCGUACGUAUGUGCAGAAAAGUACAAGAAACAGAUUUAUGACGUAGUGCACACAUUCUUCAUUCUAUUUUUGAAUUACGUUAUACCCAUGUUAAUAAUGAUGUGUGCGUAUGGGAUGAUAGCCUUCCGUCUGUGGAUACAGAAACCAAUAGGUGACACGGGAGCGAGGCCACAGUACCUGGCUAGAAGCAACUCGCAGAAAAAACGCAUCAUCAAAAUGCUCAUUGCUUUGGUGAUAAUAUUCGGAGUUUGCUGGCUUCCGUUUUUCGCUGUACAAGUGUACCACCUGAAUCACGAUAUGACGCAGGAAUUUCGGGUCGGCUUGGCCAUCGUCCAUCUCAUCGGUUACUCUAACUCGCUACUGAACCCUAUUGUGUACGGGUUUAUGAAUGGAAACUUCAAGAAACAUCUCAAGGCCAUGUGUAUCAAAUUUCGUAAGCAAUCAUCCUUCCGUCUUGGUCGUAAUCCCAACAACAUCAAUAUUACUGUUGAGAGUGUGAUGUAA